AUGGGGAUUUGCCAGUCUUGCUUAGGCCGGCGUGAUAAGGACGACUAUGUAGAGAGCGAAGAGAACCGACUCUUGUAUGACGAUGCCAAUGGAAUGCAGUAUGGCAGUUUCAACGACCCCGCCAUGAGCGGCGACGACACGCUGGAAGCACAACGCGAACACGAAGCCCUACAAAGGGUGGUAGCUAAAACUUCCAAUAAUAUGGUGGAUGUAUUCGAGAUUGGCCCUCAGGAUUCCUCCGGCCGAGGCGGCACGUCUACUCCAUUCGCCUACGCUGGACAGGGCGCCAGAGUUGCACGCUAUCAACACUUGGUAUCGAAACUAAGCACCGAAGACGACCCGUCUGCACAUGGAGUCAAAGUGGACUGGCUUACCGACGACGACGAUAAUCUGGAACUGCAGAGUAACACCGCUGCCAGUAUUAAAACCAUUGAUGAAGAUGCCGUCGGUCCGCUUGUUGGCACCUUUGCAGAUGCGGCAGCAGCCAUGAAUUAA